GCUUUACUAGAGACUCAAAGUAUACUGCGCACUCAGGUUGCAAAUUUUACCUUCAACCUUGGAUUUUCAGGAAAAUUUUACCACACAGGGACUGAGGAGGAAGACGAAGGCGAUGACCUGCUGCUGAGAUCUGUAGAUGAGUUCUGGUGGUUUCCCCACAUGUGGAGUCACAUGCAGCCUCACCUCUUCCACAAUGAGUCCUCACUGGUGGAGCAGAUGAUUCUCAACAAAGAAUUUGCAAUAGAGCACGGCAUACCGACCGGCAUGGGGUACGCAGUGGCUCCACACCACUCUGGGGUCUACCCGGUUCACAUCCAGCUGUACGAGGCCUGGAAGAAGGUCUGGCACAUCCGAGUGACCAGCACAGAAGAAUACCCACACCUGAAGCCUGCACGGUACAGACGGGGCUUCAUCCACAAUGGCAUCAUGGUGCUCCCUCGACAGACCUGUGGCCUUUUCACGCAUACUAUUUUUUACAAGGAAUACCCUGGGGGACCUCAGGAGCUGGACAAAAGCAUCCGAGGAGGUGAACUCUUCCUCACCAUUCUUCUGAAUCCCAUCAGCAUCUUCAUGACCCAUUUGUCUAAUUACGGGAAUGACCGCCUGGGCUUAUACACCUUUGCGAACCUGGCCAACUUCGUCAAGAGCUCGACUAACCUAAAACUGCAGACGCUGCCCCCAGUUCAGCUGGCUCAGAAGUACUUUGAGCUCUUUCCAGAGCAGACGGACCCUCUUUGGCAGAAUCCGUGUGAUGAUAAACGGCACAGGGACAUUUGGUCCAGAGACAAAACUUGUGACCACCUACCCAAAUUUCUUGUGAUAGGACCCCAGAAAACAGGAACAACAGCGCUUUAUUUAUUUCUUCUGAUGCAUCCUUCCAUUAUCAGUAAUCUCCCUAGCCCAAAAACUUUUGAGGAGGUUCAAUUCUUCAACGGAAACAACUAUCACAAGGGAAUUGACUGGUACAUGGAUUUCUUCCCCACUCCUUCCAACAUCACCACUGACCUCCUCUUUGAGAAAAGUGCCAACUAUUUCCAUUCUGAGGAAGCCCCGAAACGAGCUGCUUCCCUCAUCCCCAAGGCCAAGAUCAUCACCAUCCUCAUCGACCCAUCCGAUCGAGCCUAUUCCUGGUACCAGCAUCAGCGAUCCCAUGAGGACCCCGCUGCCCUGAAAUUCAAUUUUUAUGAAGUCAUUACAUCGAGCCAUUGGGCGCCCUCGGAGAUCAGGACUCUGCAGAAGAGAUGCCUGACCCCCGGCUGGUACGCGGUCCACAUCGAAAGGUGGCUAACUCAUUACCCUGCUGCUCAGUUGCUUAUUAUUGACGGACAGCAGCUAAGAAGCGACCCAGCUACUGUGAUGGAUGAAGUGCAGAAGUUUCUCGGAGUCUCUCCUCACUAUAAUUACUCUGAAGCUCUCACGUUUGACCCUCAGAAAGGAUUUUGGUGCCAGCUAUUAGAAGGAGGGAAAACAAAGUGCCUGGGAAAAAGCAAAGGUCGAAAAUACCCACCAAUGGACCAAGAGUCUCGAGCGUUUCUAUCGAGCUACUACAGAGAGCACAACGUGGAGUUGUCCAAGCUGCUGCACCGGCUGGGGCAGCCCCUGCCUUCCUGGCUGAGACAGGAGCUGCAGAAGGUCAGGUAGCACCCACAGGCGGGGGACCCAAAUAAGGACCAUUUCCUUCACCGUCAAACCCCUUGCUUCUCCGACUCACUUGUGAUCGUCAGUAGAGGACCUCAUGAACAACGCUUUCU